AUGCGAAGACCGGGGCUUUAUAAUCGGCAGCAUGCGAAGCAAGCAGGAGCGGUGAAGGGCAUGAUUGGGAGGCUAUUGAUCGCUGUUGUGGUUGUCAUCUGCACCAUUUCGUUCCUGGUUUUGUGGACGAGCAGUGGCGGUGGUCCAUCCGGCUUUCGCCCUGAGUUGAACUUGGAUAAACUUUGGAGAAGUGCUGAUUCUGGUGGUUGGAGACCAUCAUCAGCUCCACGAUCUAAUUGGCCUCCUCCACCUAGGGAGACUAACGGCUACCUACGAGUGCGCUGUAAUGGUGGUCUCAAUCAACAACGUACAGCGAUAUGUAAUGCUGUUCUUGCAGCAAGAAUCAUGAAUGCUACACUUGUGCUGCCUGAAUUGGAUGCAAACUCUUUUUGGCAUGAUGACAGUGGUUUCCGCGGUAUCUAUGAUGUUGAGCAUUUUAUCAUGUCAUUGAGGUAUGAUGUAAAAAUUGUAGAAAAAAUACCAGAAAUUCACAAAAAUGGGAAGACAAAGAAGAUAAAAGCUGUACAGCUUCGUCCCCCUAGAGAUGCUCCUAUCAGUUGGUAUACUACGGAUGCUCUUGCGAAAAUGAAGGAGCAUGGUGCUAUUUAUCUUACUCCCUUUUCACAUCGUUUGGCAGAAGAAUUGACAACCCUGAGUAUCAACGGUUGA